GAUUUUUUACCUUAUAUAAAAGAAUAUAUUAUGAAAAAGAAAAGAGUGAAGUAUCUGGCUAUUAUGCAUUCCUUUGAAAGUACAUCAGAUGAUGAAAACUAUGACUAUAAGGAAUUGGCUUCAUUGAAAGAUGAAGUGGAGGAAUUUAAGUUGUAUGAUAUAAAAGUGCAAAGACUUUAUAGCUUAUUGAUAAGUUUUUAUGAAUUUACUCGGGAUUAAUUAUUUAGGGAAAUGGUAAUUUUAAAAUAUCAGAUAGAAUAAUAUAUAAUUGUAUUAUUUUAAAAUAAAAAUUGUUUUUUACAAAAUGUGAU